AUGUCAACUGCUAUUCUGAUAAGGGUAGAUCGGUCCGGUCAAGGAGAUUUUAAGAAAAUACAAGAUGCCAUCGAUUCUGUUCCUUCUAAUAACCCUGAAUUGGUUUUCAUUUGGGUUUCUGCUGAAAAUACAUUUGCAAGUGGUGGCAAAGCUGCUGCGCAAAGGGUGUCAGGAGAUAGAGCCGCGUUCUAUGGUUGCGGGAUUCUUUCUUUUCGGGAUACUCUCCUGGACGGCACUGGAUCACAUUAUUGCAGCACUUGUUACAUUGAAGGAGCCACUGAUUUCAUAUGUGGAAACGCUGCUUCACUCUUUGAAGUGAGCGCAACAUUUUAUGUACUUCUGCUUUCUUGUGAAAAAAUUAUACCAGGGCCAAGUGUGUAUGUUAGAGAAGGAGACGGUUCUAGUGAAUGUCACCAACAAUGCGAAAAUACAACGUUUAUAUUCAUUGGCAUGGAGCAAGGCAAUUUCGUAAUGGCUGGGCAGAUGGACCUGCUGAUACAACUAUGAUUUUAAUGCAACAGGGCAAAGAGGAACAUUAUGGUGGCGUGCACAUAUCUUUGGCUAGGGGCUACUGUAUAUGGUGCCAUUGUUAUCAUGCCUAAACCAGGGACCCCAAUUCCUUUCCCCCAGACUCAGGUAAGAAAACAAAAUUUUAGGUGGGACAAAAAUUAACUGGAUAAAUGAACUUGUAUUAUCUAUGAUGUUUACACUUCUGAUACAGAUGAUUUUGGUACAAUUCUUGAAAAUUUG